AUUCAGAAAAACGAUUCGUUCACGAAUAGGACAUCGAUAAUCAGGAGAGAUCUGUCGCCCAACAACAUUUUAGUGCGGUAAACCAACAAUGGGGACCCGUGACGACGAAUACGAUUAUUUAUUUAAAGUGGUGCUCAUUGGAGACUCUGGUGUGGGGAAGAGUAACCUGUUGUCCCGUUUCACUCGGAAUGAGUUCAACCUGGAGAGCAAGAGCACCAUUGGUGUGGAGUUCGCAACUCGCAGCAUCCAAGUGGACAGCAAGACCAUAAAGGCCCAGAUUUGGGAUACAGCGGGACAGGAACGCUACAGAGCCAUCACAUCAGCGUACUACAGGGGUGCAGUCGGAGCUCUUUUGGUCUAUGACAUUGCAAAGCAUCUGACUUAUGAGAAUGUGGAGCGCUGGCUGAAGGAGCUGCGGGAUCACGCGGAUAACAACAUUGUCAUCAUGCUGGUGGGCAACAAGAGUGAUCUGAGGCACCUCAGGGCCGUACCCACCGAUGAGGCCAGAGCUUUUGCAGAGAAGAACACUCUCUCCUUCAUCGAAACAUCGGCUUUGGACUCCACAAAUGUGGAGGAGGCAUUUAAAAACAUACUAACAGAAAUCUAUCGGAUCGUAUCACAGAAGCAGAUUGCCGACAGGUCCAUGCACGACGAGUCUCCCGGCAACAACGUAGUGGACAUCAGCGUGCCGCCCACUACCGAUGGUUUAAAGGGCAACAAAUUUCAGUGCUGUCAGAACCUGUGACCCCACUUCCCCCGGCUCUACCCCCACCCUUGGGCUUCAGUUCCCCUCUAUUUAUCUCGGCUUUGCUCCUGUGUGUUGUGCUAUGGCUACGGCGCUUUCCUCUUUUUACCUCGUUGUGAUUUCCACGCUAAUUCUAGAUGACCCUUAGAAGCGUGGAUCUCUAGGUGACAUUCCUUUUCCUUGUUUUGGGGGGCUCUUGUUUGUUUGUCCCCAUUUUUUUCUUUACUAUUAUCCACUGUCUGAAUUCACAUUUGCUUGGCAAAAUGUUUUUCUUCGGAAGUGAUUAUUUGGGCAUUGAUCGUGUGAUCCGCUCCUACGGAAAAGGGAUGGUGAGGGAUCAGUGUGUCUUCGGCUUCCUCUGAUGGUUAUUCUCUGGGAUCCACACUAAACACCCGCCGUCUGUUGAGCCAGAUCCCUGACUUGGGUUAAAAGGACCAGUUUUUUGGAAAGAAAAUCGAGUUCGUCCUGGAUCGUGUGAAUACCAAAGGAGGGCUGCUGUCAUCUUUAUUUCAAUUCAUUAAACAUUUCACACAUCACACCUUUAGUCCUAUCCUGCAAUAUUUUACGCCAGGGCUGAUGGGUGUGAAGUUGCGCAAUUUGUUCAACGCGUUCAGAUUGCCGUAUAUAUAGCAGUUAUGUGAAUGCGUCUAUAAAGCAUUUCAUGGCUCUUCAGUGGGAAAAUGCAAUGGUGCGCAGUGUUUUAGAUGGUCGGUUGUUUCACCAGUCUGAAAAAGUCACUAUAUAUUCGAUUGUUUGACUAAGUCAUACAGCUAGUUUGGAAAUGCCUUAUGUUUUCCCAUACUGUGAUUAAGAUGCCUUUUUCGAGUGUGGUUAUGUGACAUUUACACAUCCAUGAAGUCACAACAGCUGUUUUGCCUUUUAUCAGGUUACAUUAAAAUGGAAAAUAAACCAAAUUACUGUCACAAUUGCAAUCGUGAUUUUUUUAAAAUCCAUAUUUCACAAUAUGGCACGUAUGUCUGAAUCUGUACCUAGAAUAAGUGUCGUGUGCCACAUGGUUGGCAUGACUCAUGCAGUCUGUUUAGUUUCCAUGUCAUAAGUUCUUUAAAGGAAGAUACCAGGUGAAAUACUAAGUAAA